UUCUAGUAUUCCAAUUCCUUUUUCUAUGCGUGCAGCCUAUCUGUUACCAUGACUACUGGACGAAGCUAGACAACUUUUCCGCAGUUUUAGAGAGGGUUUGGAUGAAGGYACCGCCAACCGAGGGUAGAGGACCUACAGGCGAAAAGAAGUGCAGACGUCCUAAAAUAAGAAAAUCAUGACCACAAAAUCCCCGGGCACGAGCCCUCAAAGAUGCUUGGCUACCAACAAUGCAAAACGAGUGCCACUGACACAGAAAAAGGCCACUGUACCCAGCCGUCCAGUACCAAGCAGGGUACCAACAAAGAGACUCACCUCUCUGCUACCAAGGUCUACUAGACAUGCUGCCAGUGCCAGGCCAGCUGGCUGCACUCAGAACCACAUAGAACAACUGCCACCUGAGAUCCUAAUGAAGAUCCUGUGGAACCUGGAUGCCUCUUCUCUCUACUGCAUUGGCUAUGUCAACAAGCUAUUAUAUAAGCUGGCCAAAAACAAUGCAAUGUGGCGUAAAAUGUAUUCUGCAAAAUAUGGGGAGAGUAAGAACUUGAAGGCCAAGCGCAUGGACGAGGUUGUGGAGAAGCUGAGUGUGAUGAAAGUUCAGGAGAGACCAGAGGGCUACUGGAGAAGGCUGUACCUUAGGACCGUAGCUGGCUACAACCACACCAAGUGGUUGAAGGAGCUGAGAACCAUCAAUCCCUUCACAGGCCUUCCCAGCCACACAGAGAGAGUCCUCAGAGAGCAGCGUGUGGCCUGGGAGAUCACAGUGUGUGACAGGUCGGUCUGUGAGGGGACUUUUGAGCAGAGCCACACCUACUACAGUGACUCGUCAGUGACAUUGUGCUGGACCAACGGUUCAUGGCCCGCCUUCCACCAACUCUCUACCGUACAGCUUCACGGUGUCAAGAGAGUUCCCCUCAAAUGUCCCAGCGCCAUCAAGCCAGGCUGGAGGUCUCUGAUGGCUCAGUUGGAUAUUGACACCAUCUCUAAGAGCAGCCAGGUGAUUGGUGGAGACAGACUGGUCAAGUUGGUGCUGCUGUCGCCAGGCAUCGUCAUCGGCAUCUGGAGGGGCCACUCGUCCAUAGCCUUUGUGAUGGCCACCUUCCACUACCACAGGCUGUUGGAAAGGAGUCUCCUGGGCUCAUCUGUUUGCCCAUACACCAUUCCAGAGAACAGGCCUCUUUUUGACGACGUGGACCCAAACUACGGUCUCCAUGGUUACACGCUACACAUUACCCUCCACAACACUGUGACGGAGAUCAUGUCUGGCCACUUCCCUCAGCUCUUCUGCCGGAAAGGUCAGAUCAAUGAAGGUUUCAUCCAGCUGAAUGCCAUCAUCAGGAGUAACCAGUCUCGGCAGACCCCUCUCUCUGCCAGGGUCAGCCUGCCCUGGAGGUCUGAUGCUCUGGAGGGGACUGUGAAGAACUGCUGCAUGAUGAGCCUGACUCUGCUGGAUGAGUCCCAGAUACCCUUCUGGUGUGUCAGCACGCCUGUCUCCAUGGUGCUGGCCAAUGAGGAGCCUUUCUCCUAUGACUAUGACUACCAGGGCCAGCACUUCCUGAUCAAGUACCAGGAUGCAGAGGGAAAGGUACAGAUGGACGUGGUGCUGCUGGAGGAACAGAGACAGUUCUUCCUUAUUAAUCUGGUUGUCUACAUCAGCACAGUCAAAGUCAACCAGCACUUUGGCAGAGCCUACUAAGGCUACUGUUUAGGGGGUACUGUAAGUUUGUACUAUAUGAUCUCUGCCUAGUUUUUUUUAGGUACAUUUCCCUAUGCCUAGAGCUGUUGCGGUGACCAUAUUACCGCCACACCGGCGGUCACGAUUCAUGAGGGCAGUCAAAUUCCACGUGACUGU